UCUGCUUCUCCCUUUUUGGCAUCCUCCGCCAGGGCUGAAGCCGGCGACCUCCAAGCGCCAUCAUCAUCUCCGACAACCACCAUCCCCGUCACCUCCUUGUAGCUCUGGCCGACCCCCUGCUCACCGCCGUCGCCAACAGCCCUUAGAUUUGCCACCAUCUCGGUCCCUCUCUUUGGUUUUCGAACGCUGUAUAUUUGGUCGAUCUUCCAUCAUCUUCGACCUUCAAUCUGGCUUCGGACCACCGUGAGGCUACCGAGAUCUGCCCCCUCGUCAUCACAGCCACCGGUGACCACCCUGUUACCUACUGCUCCUCCUCCAUCACUGUCUCCCUUAAUCUCUCUCUCGUUCAUUCUCUCCGUCUUGGCCCUGCCGGCGCAUGAAGCCGUUGGCCUCCAUCGCAGGAAACCGGCUUCUGCUAGCACCACCUCGCCACUGCUCACCGCCUUGACCACAAUGACAUUGGCCAUCGCCGACACGGUUCCUCUGUUGCUGGCGCCGCCACCACCUGUUGGCAAGAAACCGUAUUGGGUUUAGGGUUUGCUUGGGCUUUGGGUAACAGGUUGGAAUUUUAGUUGGGAUGUUGCUGGGAAUUUAAAAAAUGGUUUAAUUUAAAGAAUGAUUUACAGAUUUUCCACCAAGUUACUGAAUAUAUGCAUAGCUUCUCUAUGUAGAGUGGAACAACUAGAGAAAGCAGAAGCAGUUGUUAUUGAUGGUAUAAGAUUAGGGGUCCUUCCGGAUGUGGUAACAUACAAUACACUGAUUGCUGCCUAUUGUCGUUUUGUUGGCUUUGAUGCAGCUUAUUCAGUUCUUCAUAGAAUGAGAGAAGCAAGCAUAGACCCAAAUGUAGUUACAUAUAAUUCUUUGAUCGCUGGCGCCACUAAGCGUAACUUACUAUCAAGAUCCCUGGAUCUGUUUGAAGAAAUGCUUCAGAUAGGUAUCCCUCCUGAUGUAUGGAGCUACAAUAAUUUAAUGCAUUGCUUAUUUAAAUCAGGAAAGCCUAUUGAGGCAAACCAGGUUUUUAUGGACCUUUUGAACAAUACUUCUCCUACUCCAACCACAGUUAAUAUCAUUAUCAGCGGUCUUUGUGGAAGUGGAUAUACUGAUAAUGCUCUCAUGUUAUUCAGGAACUUUCAACGUCAUGGGUUUACUCCCCAGCUAAUAACAUAUAACAUUCUAAUUAAUGGACUUUAUAAAUCAGGUAGGUUAAGGGCAGCCAGAAAAAUCUUUCAGGAGCUUGGAGAAUCUGGUCAUACGCCAAAUUCUAUAACUUACACUACUGUGAUGAAAUGCUGCUUUAGAUCUGGGCAGUUUGAACAAGGGCUUCAUAUCUUCUCAGAAAUGAAGGAGAAAGGGUUUGCCAUUGAUGCCUUUGCAUACUGCACAGUGGUUGGUGCUUUAGUCAAGAUGCGUCGGAUAAAAGAGGCAAAUGAAUGCAUGGAAGAGAUGGUUAAGAAUGGCCUUGAACUUGAUAUAGUGUUUUACAACACCUUAAUUAAUUUAUACUGUAAGGAGGGUAACUUCGAAGCUGUAUAUGACUUGUUGGCCGAGAUUGAGAAGGGAGAGAUAGGAUGUGACAAGUAUACACAUGCAAUUUUGAUUGAUGGAUUAUGCAAGGCAGGUAAUAUGGAAAGGGCUGAGCGACAUUUGAAUUAUAUAAAUAUGGUGGGCUUUGAUUCAAACUUGGUUGCUUUCAACUCCUUCCUUGAUGGUUUGUGUAAAGCUGGUGGAGUUGAUAAUGCAAUGAAGAUGUUUGAGUCUAUGGAGUUAAAGGAUUCCUUUACCUACACUUGCUUGAUUCACAACCUUUGUAAAGCUGGUAAAAUCCGUAGUGCAGCUAAGCUCUUGUUGUCUUGUUUUAGAGGUGGUACGAAAGUACUUCGGUCUGCCCAAAGAGCUGUUUUUGAUGGUUUUCGUUCUUCAGGAUUGAAACAAGAGGCAAGAAAACUCAAGGCAAAAAUCCAGUUGGCUAAGAUUUUGAAUGGUUGAUGUGUUUUUGUUGUUAUAUUUAUUUUGCUAGAAGUUGGAAUACCUUUGUUGAGCAAUCAGUUUUGUUCUGUGGGUCAUUCUUUAUUGUGGAGAUCAACAAGUCUAAUUUACCUUGAUCUUGUGAACUUCGGUUCAUUGGUAGUUACAAAGCCUUGAGUCAAGCAGGAGGCUUAAAAUUUUAUGAAGCAGAGUGAAGGACUUCCAUUUUCUCUUUGUGCAAGAGAUUCCACUCCAUAUUUGGGGGAACUUGCCUCAUUAUGCCCAGAUUAUUUGACAUGAUUAGACUCAUCUUUGAGAACGUGCUAGAACUGUUAUCAGCUGCAAGAAUGGACCCAAGUGUUGCAGUCCAAGCAAAGAAGAUUGUUUUGAAAGUUAGUUGUCCAUAUAGUUUUUCAGUGGAAACAAGUAUUUCCUUGCUCAUACAAGUUUGAUAGAAUCACUCAAAAAAAAAAAAGUUUGAUAGAAUGAAUGAACAGAGAACAUCCCUUCUCUCAAUGAGCAACAAAACUGAUUGUCCUGUGCAUGUCUGGGUGGGUUGGGGUGUCUUGGAGCAAACUGGUGCUAACUUUUUGCUUCAAAUGAGAGGAGCAGAUAAUCUAUUGUGUUGGAAUAUGGUUUGUCAGAGAUGUAUGUACAUUGCUAGUGUCCUCUUUGUAGUACUCAUGACAACAACUUUGUUAUGUUCUUCCAUCUUUUCCAUUACAUUCGUCCCAUAGAGAAAAUGAUCGCAUGUGUAACUAUCUCAGAUAAGACCAAACAAGCGAUAAGUUUGCAUACAAAUUUGCUUUCUUAGAAUGAUUUGACUAGUGUUGCAUGUUUUUGUUUUCUCUGCUCGUAAAACAAUUAGAUUAAUGAUAGAACUUUAUCCUUAUGGAAUAUAUAUGAAGUCUCUCUCUCUCUCUCUC